AGCAAAAAGAGAAGGAAUCUCAUGUCUUGCUGCAGGAUAACAGUCCCACGGGGAGACUCCCUUAUAAAAAAAAGGGACGGGAGUACUUGUUGGAAAUUUUGAAAAGAUCCCCUCAGAGGUACCAAGAUCCUGUUUUGCAGUCCUAAGAGGCCUAGGUAUCAUUUGUAAAUCAACACAUUUUCCUAACUUUGAGUGAUAAAGAUGAUCAUAAUGCUUCUAAUACCUUUUACUUGUAAAGUUGAUUGUCAAAAUUAAUACCUCCUGUCAUUUUUUUUUUUUCUGGCUCACUGCCCUUAAUUAAGGUAGCGCAAAAGCUCCCGCUGUGCCCUUUUGAGGCUGAACACCCUGAGAGGUACCAAAACCACUUUUUUAACUCCUAGAAGGUACAUCGAGCACCCCUGACCUUUUUAAAUGGAAUUCCCUUCUCCCCUGGGGGUAACACCCACCCCACCCAUCUGGAAAUUUGCACAUGACAUCUCAUGCAGUUAAGUUUCACACUUUCCCCCUACCCACUGGAAUUUCAAAUAACCCUCUGGGAGAUGGCUUAUGGUUAUUGCUUGGAACCACUCAUUCCAGAAGAUUCAAUACUCAGUACAUAUUUUGCCUUAAAUUACUUGACAGAGGCUGAGUCAAACAAGACUUCAUCAACUCAGAAACCCGCAACAGCUGGUAUAACAGCACCAACAAAUUCAACUGUGACAUCAAGGUUAAAGCCAGAUCCUGAUGUUGGUACACCUACAAAUUCAACUGUGGCACCAAUUGCAAGUUUGAAGCCAUAUCCUGAUGCUGGCAAACUUGAAGUGGGCUUGAUCGUCAGUCUUGUGGUGGGUAUCCUGCUGGCACUAGUACUGAUCGCAGCUCUGUUUGCUUACCUGUACAAAAAAAGAGCGAGAAGGACAGCCACUGAACAACAGUUGCCAACCCAGCCAUGACAAUACCUGUAAUGGGAGUAAUGAGAUUAGGACAAAAGAAACUGCUAUGUAGAGAAUGCAUCCUCUGAUGUCCUGGAUUGUGCAAUAAUUUUCUUGCUUUUGGUAGACAAUAGUUUUUAUUGUCAAAGGUCAUGUGAACUUGGAGUAGCCAAAGUACUCAGCAUUAAUAUGCUAGUUUUUAAAGUUUUCAAGACGGUUUUCUCUAGCUUUUACCAACCUGAAAAUUGAAUGCCCAGGAUUUUUUUACACAGAAAUAAUUUUACAUAAUUAGUUAUGUAUGUAUUUACAAUCUAUCAAAUAUUUUCCCUCAUAUGCGAUUGGUCUAAAUGUGUCACAUGACUAAAUAUGCCCCAGCUAAAAUUGGGGAAUGUUUAAGUGAUUAGUAAAUAUAAAAUUCCCCAAUUUUCAAAACUGUGCAUGUGUGUUGCGAAAAAUAUUUGACGGAUAAUAAACACAAUAGCCUCCAGUUAGCUUGAAAAUAUACUCGGAUAUUUGUCCUUGGACAUUCUCUGUUCCUAAUGAACCUCAGAGAUUUCCUCAAGCUAUGCUCUCGGCAAACUGUUCGCUUCUCAGAACACAUGUCUCUGGACAAAUAUCUGAGCAUAUUUUUGCACCAAAUGGAGGCCAUAAAGUUUAUAAUAAUAUAUUUAUUAUUUUUCUCGAUCCCAACUAUUUAAAUAAUCAGUGUAGGUAAUCAUAUGAAUGUGAGGACAAUUAAGGAUUUACACUAUGAGGGAUAUCUGAAAAAUCUCUUAAAAUUGCACCUUAACAGGCCAAUGUAAUUUGAAAGAUUUCUUUAUAUAAUGUGAGUAGUGAAAAUCCAUUAUUGUUCGUCUGAGUUUUCAUAUGAUUACUCACAUACUAUGACUGAGAAAAUUACACUGCUGUGUUUAAAACUUGCUGACAAAUUAGCCUCCUCUCAGCAAAUCACUAAGUAAUUUUUUCAUUCAUAUAAUACUUUUUUAUCCAGUUUGCUUAAUUAGUUGUUGUUAAUAUGUGCAUAUUAGUGUUCCAGAAAAUGCAAGUACCCACUUCACAGAGCAGUUAUCAACGGCCAAAAUUAUGGUAGGAAAGUAAGAGAUGUAAUUGGAAUUGGGCUGGGUUGGGGUUGAAAAACCGAAAACCCUCUCUGUGGGGAAAUAUAGGUAUUUUCUGGAGCAAAAAAAUUUCCCCUAGAGUCAGUGUUUUCGGGUUACCCCAUGAAUUGAACUUUUAUACAUGAAGUAGACUACUUUUCGUUCUGACUUCAGAAC